UGCAUCAGGCAUAAAUGCACCAUGUAAAAGACAGAAGAAUGUCUUCAUCACACCAGUCAAGUGCUGAGGAGGAUGAUGUGUACAUUGCUGGUUUGGACUGUGAAGAUGAUCCACUGUAUAUUGGAGAACCACUGGCAGUUGGACAAGAAGCGGUGUACUCUCUCCGCUGUGGUGGGAAUGACAGUGGGGUAUUUGCGAACACCUACGACAGCGAUUGUUCGAGUCCUACUGCGUUCAUACUGCCAGACGAUCCCCCGGAUGUUAAACCCGACCUGAUAACACUCACAGAUGAGGAGGAACCAACGGAAGGGACGAUGACUUCAGCUCGUUUGCUCGGUGCUGCAUGCCAUCCUGGCAGCGGGAAAGGUCAGUGUUUAGAAGAAGACCCACUGGCGCAAAACGCGGAAGCUCACCGCCAACAACCUGCCGUGAAUGUCCGCCCUUUUCUGCAGCCGCGCCUUGGACGGGCAGAAAGGCGGCGAACCGCGCGGACAGCUGAAUGCUCGUCCCAUUCAGAUACGGACAAAGAUACUGCUGGCUCUGGUGUUAGCAGCGCGCCGUCCGACGAAGAAAUGGCAAUGUCCAUGCAUGCUUUUCACUUGAUCACAAAGAUGUUCAUCUGCGGGUUUUGUGGCCAAUCUUUCCGGGAAAGGGAGACGCUGAUCAAGCACGCCGCGCGCCACGGUAGUGAGAAAUCCUUGUGCAGCGUGUGCGGGGAGACGUCAAAUGAAAGGCAUACCAGAAGCACUGAUGGCUAUGAUCGCAAUGAUGGAGAACCGUUUAUUUGCGAAGCGUGUGAAAAGCCUUCCAGCGGAGCUGGUUCAUUGGUAAGGGACUCUUUAGUCACAACCGGCGUAGGAAUGUUCCAAUGCGGUUCUUGUGGAAAAUCUUUUUCGCAAAAAGGGAAUCUGGAUGUUCAUGCACGCACUCACACUGAAAAUAGGCGGUUUAGUUGCGGAGUUUGUGGAAAGUCGUUUUCUCGAAAGUCGGCGGUGAAGGCGCAUACGCUUUGUCACGCUGCUGAGAAGCCGUUCAAGUGCAGUAUGUGCGGCAGGACGUUUAGUGAAAAGAAGAAUUUGGCGUGUCACGCGCUGACCCACAAAGCUGACCAACCAGCCGCUUGUGAUGUAUGUGGCAAGUCCUUUUAUCGAAGGAGUCUUCUGAAAUCGCACGUCAUCGUCCAUUCCGGGGAGAAGCCGUUCAGCUGCGACGUGUGCGGCAAGUCGUUUUCUCGCAAGCCGCACCUGCGUGUUCACGCGCGCACCCACACCGAGGAGAGACCGUUCCGCUGCGUAGAGUGCGGCAAGGCGUUCCGGCGAAAGGAUCAUCUCACGGAUCACGCCGUGAUUCACACUGGCGUGAGACCGUUCAGCUGCGGCGUGUGUGGAAAGUCGUUUUGUCGGAAAGCUCACAAGGAGAUGCGCACGCCGCGUAUCUCGCACAUGUGGGUCCACGUGGGGCUCACCACGCAGUCUCGAGUCGAGCAGGCCACACAGGUGCUCGCUAUGCCGCACAGCAGUCCGCCUCCGAAAACAAAGCGCGGCCUUCUGGUGGGCGCCGGAUAUGGCGUCUCCGCCACCGAGACCAGCGAGGUGGGCCGAUGA